AUGUUCGCUCUCAACGUCAUCACUGCUGCCCUUGCCGCGCUUGCGCCUGCAGCGCUCCCGGUGUCGGCCGCGCCUCUCGCCAUCACAUCCAUCACCUCCCCGCACCUCGUCUCCCGCCAAGCCCAAUCAAGCGCCUGCAUGAUGGAGGUAUCCGGCCUCAUGACGAACCUCGCCGCCGCACAAACCUCAAUGAACUUUGUCGCGCAAGACUUCAACUCAACCGCGUUGCAGGACGUGUUGGCGGGUAUCGGAGGCGCUAUGGAUGCGCUCACGACCUUCCAGGGCGCGGUAGCAAAUGGACAGCAGGUCGACGCUGAGUUGCCGAAUGCGAUGGUGGCGAAUGUGACGAUGGCGAUUAACGAGCUGGAUAACGUUAACGGCGUUCCAACAGCCGUCGACGCUGCGACGCUCACAGACGCCAUGCAGCAGCUCAUCACAGCCUCCCAAUAUGCGAUGAUGCUCACGGGCUGCGCGACCGCUCCCUCCGAGUCCGCAUCCGCAUCUGCCCCUUCCGCGACCGCGACGCUCGCCGUCUCCGGUGGCGCUACCGCAACCGUCACCGUUACCGUUACGGUGACCGCUCAACCCACCGCAACAAGCGCAUGA